UCUUGCCUCCUCCUCUUCCUCCAUCCUCCGGGAUCGGAGGCGGCCGGGCGGGCCGAGAUGAUGAGCAGCUCCCGAGCGCACGGAGAGCAGCAGCAGCCGGAGGGGGUGGCGGCGCCGGGCGACGGAGCCGCUGGCGCCGGCGGCGACUGCAGGAUGGGCGAGGCCGCAGAGAGAACGAUGUAUGAAUGGGCGGAAUCUUGCAAAGGAGAUACCGGGGACGAGACAGCCCCAUUAUCCUGCCCCGCCUGCCGUACCAACUUCAAGGAUCCCUCCGAGUUGUCCGCUCACGUGGAUUCCUGCUGCUCGGAGCAGCCCACCUGUUCCUCUGCAGCAGCAGCUACAGCCGCCGCUGGUCAGGACCACUCCAGCCUCUCCUCCUCGUCGUCCUCUUCCUCGGUGGAAGUCCGUCCCGAGAGCCCGCAGAGCAUGGACGUCGAAUCGGGGACGCUGCUGUCCGACCCAACCCAAGAAGCGGCCCUUCCCCGGCCCCCUCCCCCGCCUCCCCCAACACUGCCUUCCUCCUCCGCCUCCGCCUCCGUCCCCGCUGGGCACCUCAACAUCCCCCUCAUCUUGGAAGAGCUCCGGGUCCUGCAGCAACGCCAGCUGCACCAAAUGCAGAUGACCGAGCAGAUCUGCCGCCAGGUGCUGCUGCUGGGGUCCCUGGGGCAGGUGGGCUCCCCGACCCCUCCCUCCGAGCCGGCCUCGGGAGCGUCUCUUCCUCCCAAGCCCCCCUUGCCGGUCUUCUCCAUCAAAACAGAGCCAGGGAGGACCCAGGCAUCCAGCUCCCCUGAGGUCCCCAAGCCCGCUUUCUUUCACCUCUACCACCCUUUCCCUGGAGGCGCCCGAGUGCCCAAGGCCGAGCAGCUCCUAGCUCCGGCCUUCCCCACAGCUACGGGCAUCCUGGCCGCCCAGUGCUUGGGCACCGCCCGGGGUUUGGAGCAGGCGACGUCUCCGGGGCUCCUGCGGCAGAAGAAUGGGGGAGGAGUGGGGGGAGGAGGAGGAGGAGGAGGAGUGUUAGAAAGCAGGCUGGAGGAGAAGCCCGGAGGGCGCCACAAAUGCCGCUUCUGCGGCAAGGUCUUUGGCAGCGACAGCGCCCUGCAGAUCCACCUACGCUCUCAUACGGGCGAGCGCCCUUACAAGUGCAACAUCUGCGGCAACCGCUUCACCACCCGCGGCAACCUCAAGGUGCACUUCCACCGCCACCGGGAGAAAUACCCCCACGUCCAGAUGAACCCCCACCCCGUCCCCGAGCACCUGGACUACGUCCUCACCACCUCGGGGCUACCUUACGGCAUGUCGGUGCCGCCUGAGAAGCCUGAGCCCGGAGAGGAAACCACCCCUCCGCCCACCGCCGAACGCAAGGCCCUGAGCGCCACUGAGAGCCUAACCCUGCUGUCUGGGGCCUCGCCGUCGGCAGCAGCUCAGGCCUUGCCCGGCUUCAACAAGCUGGUUCUGAUGAAGGCAGUGGAGGCGAAAGGGAAGGGGGAUGAGAACACCCCACCGGAAAGGGAGGCAGAGGGUGCCCGGCUUCAGCUGGGGAAGCUGGUGGGAUCGCUGCCCAGUUGGGCCUUGCUAGCCAAUCACUUCAAGGCGGGCACAGCAGUGGGGCCUUUCCCCUACGUGCUGGAAACGUCCCCCUCGGAGACAUCCAAGCUCCAGCAGCUGGUGGAGAAGAUUGACCGCCAGGGGUCUCCUUCGUCAUCUUCUUGCUCUGCUCCCAUCAUGGCUGCCCAAGCUGUGGCCGGGUCCUCCUCCUCCUCCUCUUCCCUGCCUGCUUCUUCGGGGCCCAACCAGUGUGUGAUCUGCUUGCGGGUCCUGAGCUGCCCUCGAGCCCUGCAGCUCCACUACGGGCAGCACGGAGGGGAGAGGCCUUUCAAGUGCAAGGUGUGCGGGCGAGCCUUCUCCACCCGGGGGAACCUGCGUGCUCACUUUGUGGGCCACAAAACCAGCUCGGCUGCCAGGGCCCAGAACUCUUGCCCCAUCUGCCAGAAGAAGUUCACCAAUGCUGUUAGCCUCCAGCAGCACGUCCGCAUGCACCUGGGUGGGCAGAUCCCCAAUGGGGCGCUCCUCCCUGAGCCCCCGACUUCGGAAGGGGCCACCUUGGGGGAAGGCGAGAAGCAGCAGCAACCACAGCAACAGGCCCCUCCCCAAGAUGAGGAACUGUCAGAGGAGGAGGAGGAAGAACCCACCGAUGAAGACUCCCUGGAAAGUGGAGGGGAGAAGGCCGAGGUGCCCUCCAGCCCGGAACAGGAAGCUCCGGGCCUCACCAAGGAAGGGGGAGAAGCGGGACAGGCGGAAGAGGAAGACGGUGGCACCAAUGCUGCCUUGCCAUCGGGGCCCGGAAGCCCUCAGCGGCCCAUGCAGAAAGGGGAAGAGAAGGCGGAGGGGGAAAAGGCAGGAGGGGGAAUGCCACAGGAAGAGGAACAGGAAACGGGCGGGGAAGGCCCAUCGGAGAAGCAAGAGGGCAGUCAAGCCAAAGAGGGGCCGACGCUGGUUUGUGGGAUUUGCAAGCAGGCCUUCCCUGACAGGGCCGCAUUGCGCAAACAUGCACUGGCUGCCCACCACCAGGUUAAUCUCAGCGGCCACGUGUGGAGCAGCAACCAGGCGCGGCGAGGGAGGCGCCUGCCCCUAGAAGGCCCUGUGCCGGUGCUGUCGGGGGGCCAGGUCAAGCUCCAGGACUUCCUGGGGCGUGACAUCCCAGCCCAGCUCGUAGGGGUGGGACCGCUCUCUUUCUGGAACCAGUACACGGCCUUCCUUUCUGGAGGCCUCCCGACCAAGCCAGCUCACGGUGGGGGUAGUGGUGUCGCUUCUUCCUCCUCCUCCUCUUCUUCGGCAUCCAACACGGGCACCCACGGCCUCUUCGGGUCCAGCGUCACCCCUGGGAAGGUGGCUCCCAGCGAGGCCAAGGAGAAGCCGCCGGUGGGGUCUCUGCUGCUGCUUCCUCCGCCUCCGCCAGCCCCAGCUCCGGAGGUCAUCCCUGAGAACCAAGGGAAGGGGGAGAAGUAACUGCACACUGACGCAGCGCCUCCGUCAGGCGGAACUGUUUUAGCGAUACCCAGGCUGCCGGGAACGUGCCCCCCCUUUUCCCCAAGCGCAGCCCCGCAAGAAGAGAAGCAGCUCCGGUCUUAAUUUUAGCAACAUUUUAGUCUUUUACUUUUAAAAUGUAGCUUGGAUAUCCGUCAGCCAAAAGGCAGGAUCCUGUCGCAGGUCAGGGAAGCACAGCAAACACCCUGCACCCUUGGGGAAAAGAAAAAGGAAGGAAAAGUGGGCCUCAUUUAGAUUAGGGCAAGGAUGCCGGACGGUCCAUUCAAGCAAAGGGAAGGACAUCUUGAGCUCCCCAAUAAAAGCAGUUUGACAGAACUACCAAGUCUUUGGCUC